UAAGAUUUAAUGUUUUAAAAAUAUAUCUUUAAUAUGCUUAAAUAUAAAAUCAAUAACUUUUUGUUACUAUGUUGUCCCUAGUAAUUUUUAUGUUGGUAGCUUUCAAGAACAGAUAUAGGAAGUUUAUUACGAACAUAUGUACGUUCGCACAAUUUUGACGAUAAAAACAUAAAUAAGAUAUAUUACCAAAUCGGGUAAAUUUAAUUACAUAGACGUAUAUGCGUAUUUCUGAGUUAUACGUAAAUUUUGUAAGAGUUUCAUUUUUAUAAGAGAUCGAACGUUCGCUGGUACGGCAUUGUUCUUGUAUAAGUGAUUUUUUGAGAAUCCAGAAUUAUGUAUGUAACAUUAAUAUUAUGACAAUAUGUUAUCAGAUCUAUAUCCGUUGUGCGGUUAUUAUAAAAAUUUAUUGUUUUAAUGUAAAAACAAUGAUUAUAUAUUACAAUUAUAUAUGGCAAUAAUGAAUUAUAGGCCCAAGUUUUUAGGUUAAGAAUUACAUUAUAAUGAGCAAUAAGAACAUUCAGAGUCCUUUAUUAAGCCAUGAUAACCAGCUUACAUAUCAAAGUGAACAUCCUAGCAAAUUUGUGGUGGAUGACUGUGGUACAUUAAUAGAAGUAAAGGUAAUGACUAAAGGACAUAAACGAAAUCAUAAAAUGGUUAGCAGUACUCCAAAUAGCGAACAGAACACCGAAGAAGGACAAAGAUCUCGACAGAAAUGGUGUCAGACCUUCCAGGAUCAAACUCGUCCAAUUAUGAAAGAACAUUUACAGAACUUAUCAUUAAAAAAUCAACAUACAAAUAGAAUAUCAUCAGAAUCUAAAGAUAAUAAACAACGGUUGGAUUUUCAAAAGCAAUUAAAAGUUAGAAGUAAUAAUGUUAAUAAACAGUUGAUUGACGUCCAGGAGAAGCAAGUUUCAACGCAGAAAAAAUUGAAAGAACAUUUGAAAAAAUCUUUACAAACAGGUAUUUCAUCAGGUGUUCCUUCAUUAUGUGGUACAAAAUCGAUUGUCGUUGUUGACAAAGGAAUUCAAUGUGAUAGAAUAUUUGAUUCUUCCAAUGAUAAAUUUAAUGAUUUUAAUCCUGUUAGAACAUUGAAAUUUUUAAUGAAGGAAUUAAAAGAUUUGAUAAAAGAUGAGAAAUCAUGUAAAAUUCUCAUGAAAAUGGAACAAACGUUAUUUCGAAUACCAGCAGAAUUUAAAAAGUCAACAAUGGAUUUAGAAGAAUUAUCUCUUCAUAAACGACUCCAUGUAACUACAGCGCAAUUAGAAGAAAUUAGUAAACGUGUGAAUAUUGAAUGUUCCUUACGUGAAGAACGAGAUUAUUUAAAACGAGAUAUUAAGAAACAAUCGGAGCUUUUGGAACUAGCACAGCAUAAACAAUUGGAUUUAGAAUCUUUGAUAUUGAAGUUAAAGGAACAAUUAAAUGAAUCGUCGAAAACUAUAGAAAGUAAAGACAAAGUGAUAACAGAAUUAAAAACAAAUAUUAAUGAACAAAUGGAGCUUAUACGACAAGGUCAUUUAAAAAUGCAAUAUUUAAUGCUUGAAAAGGACAAAUUGUCUGUUCUUUCGUCUCAUAAAGAUUCACAAUUUAACGAAUUUCGUAAUAUUUUAAAGUUAGUAUUAAUAGAAUUCCAAAGUCAAAUCGCAGAACACUUGAUGGGUUUCAAAGAGGCCUGUACCAGGGAAGAAAAUUCCAACUUACAAGGUUCAGUAAUUCCUUGUGGAAUAGCACACUCUUCGCUUUCUCCAGCAUUCUCCGAUUCCAAUAUCCUUACAUCUUGGCAUGAUAUAUCUAUAUCUACAAUAGAGCCUAGUGCAAUUAAAACUGAAUCGAAAAAGGAAGGAUUUAGGAAAGAAAAUCUAUCCAUCUCCGAAUACAAGGAAGCAUACAAUGAUACGGUGAAAAACAAAAUGGAAGAGAUAAAUGAUGAAUCAAAAAAUAAUAAGGAUUCAAUGCAAUUGGAAUUUAUUAGUUUACCUGCAGCAGAAUCAAUUUUAUUGCCAUCUUAUAGAGAUCAAGGAUAUAUUAUAGAUCAAAGUGAUACCAAUAAGGAUAAUGAUAAUCCGUUUACUUCUAAAUCUAAAUUAUCUAAUCGUGUACAACAAUCAAUUGAUCCUGAUUCCAUUAUAUCAGGAAGAAAAUCUUAUGUUCAAUGUUGUUCUCUUGAAAAGGACAAUGAAAGGGUAUCGUAUAAAAAAAAUAUAUCGAAAACUCCGAAAGCGUCACAAUCAUCGGACGAUAAGAAGAGAAAUCAUGAUAACCAAGGGAUAGAGGAUAGUCCUAGAUUUAUAGAAAGUAAUAUAUCGACUGAUUUAAUAACUCCCGAUAUAAAUGAACAAUUUCAAAAUAUAUUUGAUAACGUCCGACGUAAGAGCAAAAUUUCUGUUAAUGUACCGAGUCCACCGCGACAUUAUCCUUAUCCGGAUUGGACCGAUAGUUCUCUACCUAGUAUCAGUGUCGAUUCCGAAUCAAAUAUUGUUCAAUCAAAUAUUUGAUUCCGUAUUUUUAUAUCCUCUCUCUCUCUCUCUCUCUCUCUCUCUCUCUCUCUCUCUCUCUCUCUCCCUCUCUUUCUAUGCCCUCCCUUCUCUCUCCCUCUCUUUCCUUUUCUCUUACCUUUUGUCU